AUGACCGACGGUGAUGUGCAAAUUGAUGACUUCGGCGUCGACCAGGAUGCGCUGAAGAGCUUCCUCGGCGGCACCGGCUUUGGCAAGCAGAAGCUCGAGGCCGACGUCCAGGCGCAAAUCGACAAGUCGAAGCGCAAGCCCGCGAAAGACGACUCCGACUCCAACUCCGACAAGGACAGCGACGACGACAGCGACGACGAUGACGACGACGAAGACGAGUUUCCCACCUCGCACGAGAUGGUCAUCAAGACCCACGACCGAGUCAUCACCUCCAUCGCCCUCGACAAGUCGGGCAACCGCCUGGUCACCGGCUCCACCGACUGCUGCAUGAAGUUUCACGACUUCUCCAACAUGACUCCCACCACCAUCCGCGCCUUCAAGUCGGUUGAUCCCACCGCCACCAAGCAGACAACCAACGUCGAGGCCCAUCCGAUCCACCAUGUCGCCUUCAAUCCCAACUACGCAAAUCAGCUUCUGGUCGUCACGGCCACAUCCCAGCCCAAGAUAUUCAGCAGGGACGGCGAGAUCGUCACCGAGUUUGUGAAGGGAGACAUGUACCUGCGUGACAUGCACAACACCAAAGGCCAUGUGUCCGAGGUGACGACGGGCUGCUGGCAUCCGACCAACCCCGACUUGUGUCUCACCGCCGGCACCGACAGCACCCUGCGCAUAUGGGACGUAAACAACAAACGCUCGCAAAAGGACGUCAUCGUACACAAGUCCAAGCUUGCUGGCUCCGGGGGCCGCACCCGCAUGACGGCUGUGGCUUGGUCUUCACCCCUACAAGGAGGCCCCAACCUGCUGGUCGCCGCCGCGUACGACGGGAGUCUGGCCAUGUGGAGUGGCGAGGGUCCGUUUGCCCGCCCGGCAGGCGAGGUCAGAGACGCUCAUACCCCUGACACUUGGACCGGUGGGCUGGACAUCAGUCCGGACGGGAGGACGGUGGUUACUCGGGGCGGAGAUGACACCAUCAAGAUAUGGGAUACGCGCAAGUUCAAGCAGCCCGUCUCGACCGUCUCCCACCCCUCGACGUCGUUCCAGUUCCCCAGCACCAACAUCCGCUUCUCCCCCACUGGCGCGAACAUCAUUACCGGCUCGGAAACGGGCCACCUCCACAUUCUCAACCCGGCGACCCUGCGCCCGGAACUCGUCACUCCGGUGACGCCGGGCUCGCCGCUGAUCGUCGUGCAAUGGCACGACAGGCUGAACCAGAUCGUCACGGGCUCGGCCAACGCUGAGACGCACGUGCUGUACAACCCGGAAAUGUCGCAUCAAGGAGCCAAGAUGGUGAUGAGCAAGGUGCCCAAGAAGCGGCACAUCGACGACGACCCGAACCUGACGAUGGAUCUGUCCCAGGGCGUGUCUGCAGACAGCAUCGUCACGCCAGGCACGCAGUCGGCUACCAGCUUUGCGGCACGGCAUCCGACGGUCGGGCUCACGGCAUCGGGCAAGCCGCGUGAUCCGCGCAGGCCCCACAUUCCGCAAACCACGCCGUUCGCCAAGAGCCAGCCGGAUAAGGAGCACAUUCGCAAGAACAUCCCGCUUAGCUCGAUGCGCGAGGAGGAUCCGCGCGAGGCGCUGCUCAAGUACGCGGAAAAGGCCGAAAAGGACCCCCUUUUCACCAACGCGUGGAAGGACACCCAGCCCAAGACCAUCUAUGCCGAGCUGAGCGAAGAGGAAGACGAGCCGGACAAGAAGAAGGUCAAGCGGUAG